AUGAAGAAACGCUGCCUGGAUGUGGCCAAGCUCCGGAAAAUGAAGAAGCUCAGACUGACGGAGAAGAUCUCAGAAAGUGCGUACUCGUUCCUGAAGUUCAUGACGGUGUGGAUCGUAGUGCUGUUGGCCGACUUUAUUCUGGAGUUCAGACUGGAAUACUUGUGGCCUUGUUGGCUCUUCCUCGGCACCGUUUACACCACGUUCCACUGCCAUGGCCUGGCCAUCUGUAUGGUGUUUGUGUGUGCUGCCUUUACGCUGGAUAUAUUCUGUUUAAUUUUUGUACCGCUCCACUGGCUGUUUUUCGCAGCCAGCACAUACGUGUUACUCAACUACAUAUGGCACACAGAGAAAGGCAUCUGCCUGUCAACUGUGACUUUAUGGAUUCUUCUCGUAUACACAGAGACUUCGCUCAGGCUCAGAGACCUGAAGAAUCCAUACGCUAACCUCUCUCACCUCUUCGCUGCACACUGCAUUGGCUAUCCACUGGUGUACAUGGGAUUUGAUGCAACAUGCUACUUCUCCGGCAUCUUGAAAUUUCGCACACAAAAAGCAGCUCAGAGUGAGAACGAUUUGCACAUGCAUCUCCUUCAACAUCCCCUACCUCCAUACACACAGCUCUACCCAAAACCGGGGGUGGAAGAAUCCAAAUGGAGGACCAAACCAGGGCCCAUGCAAUACCCGUGUCAAAACGACGCCAUCAUAUCAGAGGACAAGCAAGACAACGAAGACUGUCUGCAGCUCCACAAACUGCAAGGGAGGACGGAAAGAGACGCAGGGGACGCCAGGAUACGAGAGCCGAACCCUCAGCCUCCAGGAUCUAAGCAGCACGGAGCCGAAACACGCUCAGGUUCAGCGCAGCUUUCCGACAUUCAUGAACACCUACCUCAUGAGGAGCAAAGCGGGAAAGCUCCAAGAGUCUCGAGAGGUCCCCAGGCUAAAGUGCAGAGGAGCUCGGUGAACAUCGUAACCAGCAAAGCAGAUAAGAAACUCAAAAACACAAAAGCCAUCAGCUCCAACGGAGACACCGGAGACCGGAGCGCAAAUAUCCAGGGGCUUCACAAUCCUCAUGCUGAGCAGAUCUCGAAGUUGGAGCAGGAGAUGAGGAAGCUGAAGGUGGAGCUGCAGACGAGCAGACAGACCGAGCAGGAGUUACGCAGUCACAUCUGUAACCUCACCAACAGUGAGAACAGCCUGCGGCCCGAAAUCUCGCUGAUCAGACACGCCAAUGAACUUCUGCAGAACAAGCUUCAGUAUCUGAGCAAAUCCAGGCAGAAGGACAAGCAGAGUUGCGUCAUGUUGGAGAAGAAAGCCAGAGUGGAGACAGAGAGCAGAUUAGUCUUAGAAAAACAAUUCGCAGACGUUCGAGCCCAGAAAUUUGACGAGGCAACUUUUUUACUACGUAACGCAUCGAACAGGCAGGAACACAGUGAGACGCAGCUGUUAAGGAAAAGAGCUAGAGAUCUAGACACAGAGUACAAACAGCUACAGCUGGACUAUCAGGGGAAAGACAAUCGGGUGCUAGCGCUAGAAAAAGAAGUGGAGUCCUUGCAGAAGCUCAGGUGUACAGAGCAGGAGGCAGACGCCUUGCUUGGGGCUCUCUCAUCUCUACAGGACAAAGCUCAGCAUCUAGAGUACAACCUGAGUGCAGAGACACGACUCAAACUGGACCUGUUCUCAGCGCUGGGGGACGCUCGCAGACAGCUGGAGAUAGCGCAGGUUAAACUCCUGAAGCAGGACCAGGAGAUCAAGGAAAUGAAACAGAAGAUCGCCGAAGUCAUGGCCGUUUCUCCAGGCGUGUCCUACAUGGCUCCGCGCUCAACCGUUCCACAGUACCUCAAGUUCCUCAACUCGGAGCGCUACGUCCUGAACCCACGAGGGCUCAUGUACCAGUGUCUAAAGAAAUAA